UUUUGUGAACACACACCCCCCCCCCACCCAGCCCAUGUGACGACAUGAGGCCGUAGCGUCGUCCUGAUGCGGGGGGGUUCCAUCAUGGCGUCGAUGCAGAAAAGGCUACAAAAGGAACUAAUGGCUUUGCAAAAUGAUCCGCCCCCUGGAAUGACGCUCAAUGAGAAAAGUGUCCAGAAUACCAUCACACAGUGGAUUGUAGAUAUGGAAGGAGCCACGGGCACGCUCUACGAAGGAGAGAAAUUUCAGCUGCUUUUCAAAUUCAGUAGUCGGUAUCCUUUCGAUUCACCUCAGGUAAUGUUCACGGGAGAGAAUAUACCUGUACAUCCUCACGUUUAUAGCAACGGUCACAUCUGUCUAUCCAUACUAACUGAAGACUGGUCGCCAGCCCUCUCAGUGCAGUCAGUCUGUCUCAGCAUUAUCAGCAUGUUGUCCAGCUGCAAUGAGAAGAGACGGCCACCCGAUAACUCCUUUUACGUAAGAACAUGUAACAAAAACCCAAAGAAAACAAAAUGGUGGUAUCACGAUGAUACGUGCUAAUAAACGUUGUGAUAGUUCCAGAAGAAAGAAGGCCUACUGAACCGCAUAAAGCACUUUUGAAUCAUACGACAGUCACUGAACUCUGACCUUUUUUGACUGGAAACAAUGGACACCAUGAUGCGCUGGAGAGACUGUUUGAACUGCAUUUCCCAGAGGGCAGUUGGGUUGCAUGUUUUUAGCCGGUUGUAAUAUACAAAUAAAAUAAAUUAAGAAUCGUUACCAACAAUGGAUUGUUUUUGCAACAAAAAAGGUCACUAUGCAGCCAGCGAGAAAAAUGGUUUCGUAGUGAGAUUAUUAUUGGUAUCGUUUUAAGAUGAUUCUUGUUUCCUUUUGUGUUUGUUUGGGUGCAUUUAAAAGGUUGUCAUUAUGUGCUGUGCAAUACAACAGUGGAUGCAUGGUUGGGCCCUAACAAAGAUAUCUGGAAGGGAUCUCAGCAUCUUAACCCCCAGAAAAUUACUUCAGCUUUUUUUUGGGGGGUCUGAUAUUCAAUGCACUGUGAUGAUAUGUAGAGCUACAACAGCUCCAAAGGUUCAACUUCUACUGUAAAACCACAAACAACACCACUUCUCUGCAGCUCAUAGAAGGGGGUUUUCAAGUUGUUUUACAUUUCACUGUUUAAUCGAGAGUAGUACAGUUCUCUUCCUCUCCGCUGUCCAUCUUUCAAGGACAGACUUGAUUUCAGAAGUUGUCUGGUCUAUUUUGACUAUAGCAGCGUUUCCCAAACUCGGUCCUGGGGCCCCCUCAGUGCACGUUUAGUUUUUUUUUUGCACUGACACUUCCACAGAUGAUUCGAAUCAUCUUGCUUGGAUCAUUUGAAUCCGCUGUGUAGUGUUAGGGGCAAACUCCAAAAUGUUAGGGUCCUGAGGACCGAGUUUGGGAAACGCUGGACUAGAGUAUUGGUAAUGACCAGGUUGAUGAUGGUUAUAACUCUUUAGGCUGCAUUUACACAGGCAGACCAAUUCUAACUUUUUUUUUUUUUUUUUUGCCACUAAUUGGUCUUUUGACCAAUCGGAUCGGAUAUUUUGCCACUAAUUGGUCUAUUGACCAAUCGGAUCGGAUAUUUUGCCCAUAAUUGGACUGCCUGUGUAAACGCAGACUUUAUGUACCUCUUCACAAUAAUAUGGUCUGAACUCAUUGGUGUUUGCAGGUCCAUUCUGUAAAGAGGUGUUCAACGAAUGUCUGUGUUGUCGUCCAUUUUGAUUUGUUUGAUUUAAUAUUUUUUUCUUGAUGAGAUUUAGUUGCUUUUAUCAACAAAAAAUGUAUUUUACCAUGUUUGUCUUGUUUUUUGUCUUGUUUUUUGUUUUGUUUUUUCAGCUAGCUGACACUUUAUUUAUUUUUCUUAAAGGGCAAGGAUGAUUUAUGGUUGUAUGUUCUAAUGUCUUGUUUAAAUUUAAAAUCUAGUGGUAGUAACAGUGAAAUGAAUUUGACUACUGUUAAGACGAGGCUAGAUUGAUUCCCUGGUCACAGAUUGACUCGGUUGCUUUUUGUUUUGUUUUUUUGUCAAUACGAGAAGAGAAGAAGAAAAAAAUCCUGUGAGAUAUUUUGAAAUUAACUAUAUUUUCACCAAAAGGGACUUGUUAUGUUGUGAAAUCUAUAACAUGUCUGAAACUAUUGAUAUAUAUAUAUAUAUACAUAUAUACACUUUCUUUAGAAAUCGUGGAGAUGAAGUAAGGAAUGGAUUAAUUUUCCUCAUGUUGUAGCUGUGUGACUAUUUAAUAGGAGUGUUUUUAUUAUUUUCCUCUUUAGUGUUUCUGUUAACUAGUACGCUCUUUAGUGUUUCUGCUAACUAGUACGCUCUUUAGUGUUUCUGCUAACUAGUACGCUGUCGUCGGUUAGAUUCCAUUUCAAUUCCAGUCAAUUCAGAAAGUAAACCAAAAUUUAAAGAAGGAAAAACUAAAAUCCUCAUUGAACAGCAUUGAAUGGAUUUGAAAUUAGAAUUGUCAUUUCGUUCCUGAAUUGAACCCUUUUCCCCUGGAUGUAGUUUCACAUCAACACAUCUACUGUUGGUCUGAAGGGCAGUUAGAACUGUAGGGAAGCGCCUUGCUAUUUCUCUUCGUUAUCACACUUGGUUACAACACUCAUAGGUUGCAUUUAUACAGGCAAGCCCAAUAUACCCACAAAAAAUAUCUGAUUGGUCAAAAUACCAAUUAGUGGCAAAGGAGCUGAUCUGAUUGGUCAAAAUACCAUUUAGUGGUAAAAGACCAGAACUGGUCUGCUUCUGUAAAUGCACCUGCAGUGUAACUCUCUACCACAGGAAAUUGGUGGGAGGAGCUAUAGGAGGCUGGGAUUGAUUAAAUGAAAAUGAUAUAAAACACAUCAAACCCUGUCCUCCUAUAGUUGUUCCCAGCAGCCUCCACUGCUAUGUACAUACCAUCUUAUGUUGUUAUUGGUUACAAUGGGAGGGAAUCAGCUGCUGUGGCAUCCUAUUCCCUAUGUAGUGAACUACUUUAGACCAGAACCCUAUGGCUCACUAUGUAGUGAACUACUUUAGACCAGAACCCUAUGGCUCACUGUGUAGUGAACUACUUUAGACCAGAACCCUAUGGCUCACUGUGUAGUGAACUACUUUAGACCAGAACCCUAUGGCUCACUGUGUAGUGAACUACUUUAGACCAGAGCCCUAUGGCUCACUGUGUAGUGAACUACUUUAGACCAGAACCCUAUGGCUCACUGUGUAGUGAACUACUUUAGACCAGAACCCUAUGGCUCACUGUGUAGUGAACUACUUUAGACCAGAACCCUAUGGCUCACUGUGUAGUGAACUACUUUAGACCAGAGCCCUAUGGCUCACUGUGUAGUGAACUACUUUAGACCAGAGCCCUAUGGCACCCUAUUCCCUAUAUAGUGCACUACUUUAGACCAGAGCCCUAUGGCACCCUAUUCCCUAUAUAGUGCACUACUUUAGACCAGAGCCCUAUGGCACCCUAUUCCCUAUAUAGAUGAACUACUUUAGACCAGAGCCCUAUGGCACCCUAUUCCCUAUAUAGUGCACUACUUUAGAUCAGAGCCCUAUGGCACCUUAUUCCCUAUAUAGUGCACUACUUUAGACCAGAGCCCUAUGGCACCCUAUUCCCUAUAUAGUGCACUACUUUAGACCAGAGCCCUAUGGCACCCUAUUCCCUAUAUAGUGCACUACUUUAUAUCAGAACCCUAUGGACUCUGGUCAAAUGUAAUGCACUAUGAAGGGAAUAGGUCAGGUGCCAUUUUGUGGAUUCAGCCUGUGUGUUGCAGGUGCUCUCUCGUCGUUUCCUGACUUCAACCACUCUAUUCCUGUAGUUCUGUUCUGUCGCCAUUCAUUCAGAAAAUCCUUCCCAUGCUGGUUGGUGUUGCAUCUCUUCCCAUGCUGGUUGGUGUUGCAUCUCUUCCCAUGCUGGUUGGUGUUGCAUCUCUUCCCAUGCUGGUUGGUGUUGCAUCCUUCCCAUGCUGGUUGGUGUUGCAUCCUUCCCAUGCUGGUUGGUGUUGCAUCCUUCCCAUGCUGGUUGGUGUUGCAUCUCUUCCCAUGCUGGUUGGUGUUGCAUCUCUUCCCAUGCUGGUUGGUGUUGCAUCUCUUCCCAUGCUGGUUGGUGUUGCAUCCUUCCCAUGUUGGUUGGUGUUGCAUCUCUUCCCAUGUUGGUUGGUGUUGCAUCCUUCCCAUGCUGGUUGGUGUUGCAUCCUUCCCAUGCUGGUUGGUGUUGCAUCCUUCCCAUGCUGGUUGGUGUUGCAUCUCUUCCCAUGCUGGUUGGUGUUGCAUCUCUUCCCAUGCUGGUUGGUGUUGCAUCUCUUCCCAUGCUGGUUGGUGUUGCAUCUCUUCCCAUGCUGGUUGGUGUUGCAUCUCUUCCCAUGCUGGUUGGUGUUGCAUCCUUCCCAUGCUGGUUGGUGUUGCAUCCUUCCCAUGCUGGUUGGUGUUGCAUCCUUCCCAUGCUGGUUGGUGUUGCAUUCUUCCCAUGCUGGUUGGUGUUGCAUCUCUUCCCAUGAUGGUUGGUGUUGCAUCUCUGCCCAUGCUGGUUGGUGUUGCAUCCUUCCCAUGCUGGUUGGUGUUGCAUCCUUCCCAUGCUGGUUGGUGUUGCAUCCUUCCCAUGCUGGUUGGUGUUGCAUCCUUCCCAUGCUGGUUGGUGUUGCAUCUCUUCCCAUGGUGGUUGGUGUUGCAUCCUUCCCAUGCUGGUUGGUGUUGCAUCCUUCCCAUGCUGGUUGGUGUUGCAUCUCUUCCCAUGCUGGUUGGUGUUACAUCUCUUCCCAUGCUGGUUGGUGUUGCAUCCUUCCCAUGCUGGUUGGUGUUGCAUCUCUUCACAUGCUGGUUGGUGUUGCAUCCUUCCCAUGCUGGUUGGUGUUGCAUCCUUCCCAUGCUGGUUGGUGUUGCAUCUCUUCCCAUGCUGGUUGGUGUUGCAUCUCUUCCCAUGCUGGUUGGUGUUGCAUCUCUUCCCAUUCUGGUUGGUGUUGCAUCCUUUCCAUGCUGGUUGGUGUUGCAUCCUUCCCAUGCUGGUUGGUGUUGCAUCUCUUCCCAUGCUGGUUGGUGUUGCAUCUCUUCCCAUGCUGGUUGGUGUUGCAUCUCUUCCCAUGCUGGUUGGUGUUGCAUCUCUUCCCAUGCUGGUUGGUGUUGCAUCCUUCCCAUGCUGGUUGGUGUUGCAUCCUUCCCAUGCUGGUUGGUGUUGCAUCUCUUCCCAUGCUGGUUGGUGUUGCAUCUCUUCCCAUGUUGGUUGGUGUUGCAUCCUUCCCAUGCUGGUUGGUGUUGCAUCCUUCCCAUGCUGGUUGGUGUUGCAUCUCUUCACAUGCUGGUUGGUGUUGCAUCCUUCCCAUGCUGGUUGGUGUUGCAUCCUUCCCAUGCUGGUUGGUGUUGCAUCUCUUCCCAUGCUGGUUGGUGUUGCAUCUCUUCCCAUGCUGGUUGGUGUUGCAUCUCUUCCCAUGCUGGUUGGUGUUGCAUCUCUUCCCAUGCUGGUUGGUGUUGCAUCUCUUCCCAUCCUGGUUGGUGUUGCAUCUCUUCCCAUGCUGGUUGGUGUUGCAUCUCUUCCCAUGCUGGUUGGUGUUGCAUCUCUUCCCAUGCUGGUUGGUGUUGCAUCUCUUCCCAUGCUGGUUGGUGUUGCAUUUGCUUGUUUCCUUUGGGUCUAUAGAGGAGCUAUUUCUUCACAAUAUCAACCUUCUGAUGUGACUGGUUAUAUGACCAUGACACACUGGUAUCUAGGAACCAUAUUACUAUAUUAUUAUAUUCUAUAUUAUUACUAUAUAAAGACUAUUUAACCAAUGAUUUAUUCUUUAUUUUUUAUGACACUGUAGAAGAGGUUUGUGCUGCUGGACUGGGUUUGAUUGUGUCUGUCGCAGUAUGGUAUUAGUGCAGGGACAAAAAGCCUGUAUCCACAAAUUAGUGGAUAUGUUCAAAACAAGGAGUGGAUAUGUAAAACCAUAGUUUGGAUUGUCUCUCUCAUUUUCUCUCCUUGUAUUUUCCUGGUUUUAUUAGGUUGUCCUUUUUAACGUGGCUUGGAUUGCUUGGCCUACAUAUUAUUGUGUGAGUGAUCAGCACUAAUGAAGGGUGGGGUUAUUAUAUUUAUAAUAUAUUUUGAGAAUAUAAUUGUUUUUCUUCUCUCUCCGGGGACGUACAAGCUCCAUGUCAGAGGAGUUCAUUUCAAUAAUCUAUAAUAAAAAGCAGAGAUUUAA